AUGCAGAGCCUAAUCUUCAAUUGGUCAUACUUUCCUUGUCCUAUGCCAUAUUCAGAACAUUUUGAAGGGUCUCAAAUUGAACAAGGUCGUGCUGAUGGCAAGAAGCGUUUAAUACCAUUUGCAGUACCAACAAUAUUCAAUGUGUUCAAUGCACCGAAAUUACUUAAUCCUCCUAGGAACAGUUUAUACAAGAGAUCCAGAGAAGAAGAUCAGUGCAAUAAUGUCCAACCUAAUAAUAAGCGCUUGAAAGUAGAUGUACUUUCUGAUUGUGCAAAUUUGACGCCUCCAUUAAAUAUUUCUAAUUACUCAAAUGAUUUACUUCAUGAAGACGUAUCCGAAUCUCAAAAUAUGAACCCAGAUGAUCAAAUUCUUGAACUGAAGAAGAAAUGUGCUCAGUUAGAAGAAGAGAUAAAGUCCAAAAAUGACGCAAUUGCUAAAUUAUUAACACAUGAGCAAUUGCAAACACUUUUAAUAGAAAAAAAAUGCAUAACAAAGUGGAGUCAUGAAGGAAUUAUAAAAGGCUUAAAGUUGAGGUUUGCUUUAGGUAAAAAUGGUUACAAUUUCCUGCGUGAAACUGGUUAUCCCGCGCCGUCGUACACAAAAACAGUAGAAAGUAUGCAAGAUAUUGAGAAAGAUUGUUCAUUAAUGGUUGAUGAGAUGGACAUUUCUGGCGACUUGGACUUCGACAAGUAA